AUGAAUCGGGGGAUGAAAGCAAAAUUACCUUCAACAUCAAAUGCUGAGUUCAAUGUUAUAGAAUCGGUAGAAGUGUUGAUUGAAAAUCCUCCAGUAGUGUCUUUAAAAGUUGACCAAGAGUGUCAAGUUGAUUUUUACUCGAACUCUGAUAUUAAUUCUCAAACGUUUACUUGCAAUCGUUAUAUCAAAGACGAUUUAUGUCAUGCUGAAACUCAGACGGAAAUUGUUGAAGAUACUAGGUCGAUAAAAAGUCAUAUUGGUAAUAAAAAAUUUGAGGACAAAGAAUGUGGUACUCCUGAAAAAAUGUUUGUUGAAAAAGAAAGUCAAGCGGAUGGUAAACAUUUUAAUGGAUUCAUAUCGGUGACAAAGGAUCAAGAAAUCAUUGAUCUGGCAGGGGUAUCAUUCGAUAAUUUUGAUUUCUUGUUGACAAGAAUGUCUACGCGAAAAAAGUACAUUGUACCGAAGAAAGAUCGACUAUUAAUUUUUUUAAUGAAAAUGAAAACUGGAUUAACAUUUUCAGCACUUGGUGCACUGUUCAGUGUUCACAGAACAACAAUUUCUACAAUUUUUUAUGAAACUUUGCAACUACUGGCUAGUGCAACUAGAAAUUUAGUAUUUUGGCCAGAUAUUGACGCUGUACAAGAAACUAUGCCUGACUGCUUUCUACCUGAUUACAGUAACACCAGAGUUAUAAUUGAUUGCACAGAAUUUCGAAUUGAUAUCCCUAAAAGUGUCGACAAUCGUGUUUUUACAUACUCCCAAUACAAAAGGAACUUCACGGCCAAAGUUCUAAUUGGUAUAACUCCUGGAGGUUUUAUUUCCUUAAGAUCUGACGUAGCUGGAGGACGGAAAUCGGAUUCUCAACUUACAAUUGAGUCAGGGCUGUUAGAUCUAUUAGAAGACGGUGACAUUGUUUUGGCUGACAAAGGUUUUCCAGAAAUAAAAACAGUAAUUGACGCAAGCGGUAAAAAAGUACAAAUGGUUAUGCCGCCUUUCCUUGAGAAAAAAAAUGAAUUUUCAACAGAAGAAACUCAACAAACAUACAGUGUAGCAAGAGUUAGGAUUCACGUUGAAAGAAUCAUGCAACGAUUACGGACUUAUCAAAUAUUGCAUAAAAUUCCUCAGCACUUGUUUCAUUGCAUAGACGAUAUUUUGCACACUUGUUGUGUUUUGGUAAAUUUACAGCCUCCAAUUAUUUCUAAUAAAGAAGAUGCUGAAAAUGAGAGAUAG